CCCAAAUCCUCACACUCCUUUUUUUCUUGUUUUGUCGUUUUUUUUUUUUUUUUUCCUCUCAAGACCUUCAUUCAAUCCUACACCCUUCGUUUCCGAACUCCCAAUUCUAAACCCCUCCUCCUCCCUUUCCUCUACCCCCUUUGGCGGCCCCCGAUGCUCACCCCAUAAUCGCGGCCUCCUGAUCCUCUUUUUUUUACCCACCUUUCGCUCCGAACUCCUGAUCUGGUUUUUAUCAGGCCGCACGGCUGAGCCUGCACUUUCACUUCUUUGACGUUGAUCGGUUGUUUAUUCUCUCUGUGUUUACUUUCGUUUUCGGAAAUCGCCUGCAUCUUGCAUCCUGCAUCCCUCGCCCCGGCCGACAGUGAACGCCCCCGGAGACCCUACAAUCCGAGCCUUGCGUGUAGUUCUCCAACAGCCGCCCCUUUCGCUAACACCAGCGACGAUUUUUACCCAUCUUGUGUUUGUUUCGGAUUGUCGAUAAUUGUGGAGGACCACCGUGCUUGAACGCCCAAUACAUGAGAUCAUGACCACCGUCUGCCCAACUCCGAAUUCCCCGCCCGAGCUGUCCGGGUCCAAAUCCUCCAAGUCGUCCUCGUUCCAUUCCUCCUCGCAAAUCGAUGGUCCCGAUAGCGUGUUCACCGACAUCGGGAACUUUGAGGACAUUGGUCUUGAAGAUGACGCGGAAUUGUCAAUUGUCGAUCAACCGACCCCUUAUGGCCGCGGCCUGACAUCCCGGUCGCCCGCCGCCAGAUUGCCAAACGGUCUGCCUUACAAGAGCCCUGCAGCGACAACGCGAGACUUGACUGCGACCCCGAAGCCGCGGAAGCGCAGUCCCCUACCGCCGAUUCACAGCCAGUUCAAUGGAUCGGGACGGACCCCGCAAUCCGCAGGUUCUUUGUCGGCACGGUCCGGCAACAGAAGAGACUCGGGGAGUACGAAUUACUCGGGUGGCUUGACGCCUUCACAACCUCGCCGGUCACGGUCGACAUCUCCCCUGCGACCAACGUCCAGCCGGUCAGCCUCCAGCACCAGUUUGGCUCUCUCGCCGCUCUCUGCACGAACCCCUGUACCGAAACAAACGUGGCAACCGAACCGCAAAUCCUUGAAGGAUCUGGAGGAAGAAUACCACGACUCUGAUGACGAAUUACCCGACGAUGCCAGCUUGUGGAACAUUCCAAUUUCCCCGCGUCCCGUUCAAGAUCGCCCCCAGUCGCGAGCCGCAAGCCCGAACGGCUGUAGUCCCGGUCGUCGGCCUUUGCCGAUCUCGCACACCACAUCUGAUACGUCGGUCAACCAGGACCAUUCGUCGCAAUCAGCCUCACGUGCGGCACGCAUGAAACGAACACAACGGUCUAGUUCUGCAGGACCUGAACGAGGCCAAAUUUCCCCGCGCAACCCCCGCGCCUAUUCGUACAACAGUUAUCUGUCCGAUCUGUCAGAAGAAGCUAGGAUCAUCACCGAGGCGCUGGAACACCACGCGGAUGAAAGCGAGCGCAAGCAUGAAGAUGCCGUGCAGAACGGACUUUCCUCGCGAAAGUCGAGUUCUGAUUCCCCACGCACAUCCGAUGCCAUUGAAUUACCGCCCUUGCAGAAGUCUAACAUUAUGAUCGACCCGCUACCCAUUAGCAAAGAGAAGGAGAAGGUUCUUACACGGACGCGCCCUAGCUGGCUGCCGCCCAAGGAUCAAAAGGAGGAGAAGAAGCAUCUGAGAGAGUACAAGCAGAUGAUGGCGCAAUCGAAGGAAGCUGAGAAGCGCAAAGCGGCUCGAGCUGCUUCUGAACAAUGUGAAAAGGACACCACCCGCGCAACGCUUCAGAACAUCUGGGAUGACUAUGUGAACCCCCACUGGGAGAGUGCGCUGCGUGAACCUCGCAUCCGAGAACUCUGGUGGCGUGGAAUCCCACCUCGUAGUCGGGGAGCCAUGUGGAAACGUGCGAUUGGUAACGAGCUUUCGCUUACCGAGGAGACAUUCACCAAAGCCUUGCAAAGAGCCAAGGAUCUGCGGUCCAAGACCAAUGCAGAGCCAGGAGAAAACAAUAAGCGUAUGCUCGAAUGCUUCGAGGCAAUCGAUGCAGAUGUAUCGAAAGCAUUCCCCGACUUGAACCUGUUCCAGGAGGGCGGGCCAUUGCGGAAUACGCUUAUAGAUCUCUUGCAAGCAUACUGCAUGUACCGCAGCGAUGUGGGCUACAUUCAUGGUCUGCACACCAUCGCCGCACUCAUCGUCCUUCAAUUCCCAACACCCAGCUCUGCUUUCCUCGCCAUGGCCAAUGCCCUCAAUCGCCCUCUCCCAGUUGCCUUCCUGACCUGGGACCGUGGUGCCAUGGCCCGCACGUAUUCCCUCGCUUCUGAAACAUUACUCUACAAGUUCCCUCGCCUGUACACUCAUCUCGAGGAGACCCUCAAGCUGUCUGGGGAGGAAAUCUGGGAGCCGAUCUUCCGCUCUCUCCUCACGAACGGCCUCGAUCUGGAACGCAUCUCCCGCGUGUGGGACUGCUGGGUCUUUGAAGGUGACCGAAUCAUGAUUCGCUCCGCCGUCGCAAUCCUUGGCUGUCUCCAGGCGCAACUCCUGUCCUUCAACCAGCCAGACGACCAAUCUCGCCUGGCUGUGCGCAACAUUCUGGGCUGGGGUCCUCGUCAUUCCGGUGCCAGCGCUCAAAAGCCAAAGGAACGACACAGCGCGCCUGCGGCAGCUGGGUUCGGUGGCCAGGUCGCGAAUCCCGGUGUGGCUGAUCAUUGGAUCUUGACCGCUGCCGGCAACGAGGAUGGGUUCAUGACCGCCGUGCGGGAGGCUGGAAAGGUGCGGCAACAGCAACAGCAAUAGCCUUGGUGGCCAUUUGGUUGUGAGCGUGCUUUUGCUCUGAAGUAUCUUGUUAAUCUCACUGCCUACUCUCGUUCCAUAUCGUUGGGCGUCGCGACUCCUGUCUUUUCACUCGCUCCGCCAGGGAGUUCGCAUACCACAAACGGCCGUCUCAUACGGCCUCGACUAACGACGACGGUGACUCGAACAGCGUCUCUUUAUUACGCCUUGUCUAUUACUGACUCCCUUUUUUUACACUUUUUCACAUCAUACACACUACCCAUUCGCUCGCUGGUUUUUUUUACCCUGCCAUGCCUCUGCUAGUUGCCUGGCUUGUCUUGUCUGUCUGUAUUUGGCCUUUCCCCCCUUUUUCUUUGUUCUUGUUUCCUCUUACUCUUUUCUACACUUGUAUUUUUAUUACUCUACAUGGCCUUGGAUGCAUCCCGUCUAUUGAGAGUACAGUACU